AUGCAAACUGCCAAUCAACAAAAUAAUUCUUCAAUUACACCCUUAUCUGACCCUGGAAGUUCUUCUUCCUCCUCUUCCACCCAACAAAAUUUGUUAAAUGAAAAUAACAAUAUUGGACAGCAAAUUACUUAUCCCCCUCCACAAUUGCAAUAUUUAUUGGCUAAUUUGGCGGCUAGAAACCAGGCUGCUUCAAAUCCGUCUUUGGCUGCUAUUGUUGCUAAUAUGCAGUUAUCGAAUCUUUCUCCACCUCCCGAAUUUCGCCUACCACCAGCUUUCAAUUUUGCAACAGCAGUUCAACAAUUAAUAAGAAAUGCUGUAGCAGCUGCUUCCAAUAAUCAAAUAAAUAAUGCUGGACUUUUGCUUCGACAACAAUCAAUUGGAAAUCAAAACAAUAUUGUUGGUUACCCCCAAAUUAAAGAAGAAAAUAGUUCGACUGGUACGGACAGUCCAGAAAGGCAUUUACAACAUCCAGAACAUCAAAAUUUAUAUGGAGAAAAGGGGGAGGAUGAAGAAAAAUUUUUGGUUGAUCCUUCUAUUGUUAUGGAUGAAGAAGAUGUUGAGGAAGGGCAGGAAGAGAACGAAAACAUUGAAAAAACCCAACAAUCAGAACAACAAGUUGAAAAUGUCAAAACAACUCAAAGACCUAUUCAACGCCGUCCACGUGUUGGAGGUUCUUCUGCCAAAACAGCCGAAGUUUGGCGGUUCUUCUCGGAAAGACCGAAUGGAGAAAAGGCUGCUACUUGUUCUAUUUGUCAAAAAACUAUUAAAGCUACUAAUAGCAGGCAAAUUAUUUUUAAAAAAGAAAUUGUAAGGGUCGCGAUGACUAUUAAUUGCCUAAUUUUAGGAAUAUUCUUGUCUUUUUUAGAAAAUCGAGUUGAAGGCUAG